AUGGAGCAUCAAGAUCCAAAUGAGUCCCUCGAAGCAGAGAAUGAAGGCGAGAUGGUCGAGAUGGACCCAGAAGUAGCAAACCAGAACCUCCUCCAAGCUUGUAAAGACAAUGAUGAAGAAACUGCUUUGGAAUAUUUGGAAGGCAAAGAAAUUAACGCUUCUUAUGAAAGCGAGGAUAAAUGGACCCCUCUUUCCUGGGUUUGCUGUAACGGAAAUGAUAAGCUAGCCCAUAUUUUACUCAAAGAGCACGGAGCUGCUAGUAUGUAUAUUAAGGAUAAGGAAGAAAAGGAGGAAGAAGAGGACUCAGAUCCUUUCAAGAAGCCAGAAGAUGCUAAAGAAGUUGGAAGGUAUACUCCUCUACACUGGGCUUCUUAUAAAGGACACUUCAGAAUUGUCUGGCUCUUGCUAAAAGAAGGCCUAUCCCCUCUUGAUAUUGACGUCUUUGGAAAUACAGCUGUCCAUCAAGCUGCUGCUUCAGGAAAUCUACCUGUGCUAGAAUGCUAUCUCUCGAGAGGAGUAGAUAUGGAGCUUAAGAAUUCGAGAGGCCAUACUGCUUAUGACCUCGCCACUACUAAAGAGGUGAAAGAUAUUAUCAAUGAGGCUAUUGCAACUGAAAGAUGAGUUUCAUGACAUUCAGUUUUUGAUUUUAAGAAUAUCAGAUAUUACUGUAUAACCUGUAAAAGAUUUUAUUGAACAAAAUGCUCUAAUACUUUAUGGGAGUAUGAUACAGCUGAGUCUGAACACCAAGAGAAACCUGUCUGCAGAUGCAACUCGUGUGAUGACAAGAAAAAAAAAGGAGAAAGAUCCAUGAAAGAAGCCAUGGACACCAUGAACUUCGAGACUGUUGACGAAGUUCUAUCUGAGUUAAGAACUAAAAAUCUUGAUUUAGACGUUAAAUUAAUGAAAGCAGCUGAAGUUUUGCACCUCAAGCUUGACAAACAAAAGGACAUUAAUGAGUUUAUUGCUUCCCUGGCCCAUGUUCCAAACUACAAGACGAUCAAGAAGUCUGUUUCGAUCCUUGAAGAAAAAGUAAAGAAGGCCAAGGAACUCAAUGUUGACAUCGACCAAGAGGUUCUAGAUAAAGUCAAUGCAAAUAUUGGAAGACUCAUUGCUGAGAGAAAUCUCCAAUUCCAGAUGGAGAAAGUUAGAGUGUUCGACUCUGGCCACGAGGAUGUAAGGACCCUAGAAGACCUUAUUCAUAUUGCUAAGGCAACCGGAGUUGCUUCAGAAUACACUGAUAGAGCAGAUAUAUACCUUGACAAGAUGAAGAGAAAUAUUCGUGCCCGAGAGAUCCUAGAUCUUCUUGAAGCUUAUCCUCCAAGAGAGUACCCUGAGGUAGAGGAACCAGACCCAAAGAAGAAGGGUGGAAGACAAGAAGCACCACCUCCAAAGAAGAAGAAAAAGAAGGGAAAGAAAGUAGUAUUCGAUACUCCUGACUGGUGUACGAACCUGGAUAACCUCAAGGAAGAAGUUAAGAACCUUGAAGGGCUUGUACAGGAUGCUGAGAACCUUGAACUUGACGAUACCUUCACAGAAAGAACAGUAGUAGUCUUUGAAAGAUUCAAGAAGAAGGAAAUUCCAUUCAGAGAGGAGGAGCUCAGGAUUGAAGCUGAGAAAGAAGCCUUAAAAAAGGCCAAAAAGGCAGCAAAGAAGAAGAAUUAG